GAUCCAAUUAUGGUCUUCACCGCUAGCGCCUACUUGCAUUUCGAUGUACUUGCCGUCUCUAGCUAUCUAGAAGUUGUUGCUGGAAUUGUCAAGUCAUGGUCUGAUGCCGAUGUGUACGUGAAUAUCAUAAUUAAUGCACCCUUGGUCCUCGUAUUAUCAUGCUGUUCACCACUUCUCGUUAGUCCUGUGUAUCGUGAUACGGGACAUACGCAGAACAACCCGCGAUCUUCGCCUGGGCAGUGUACAUAUAUCCUUUCCUGCACCUCUCCUUUUUUUCUUGGAACUUACGUCUGCGAAGUACCUGGCCUAAUGGCAUCAGUAGGCGAAAUUUACCAUUCCCAGGUAUGUCAAUGUCUGGUUUUUGACAUGUGGUCUCUGGUGUCCAUUGGCUUCCACACCAAGGUCCAGACCUUAGGCUGUUCGACAGACGCACGAUGACAAAGUCUUCGUGACUCGAUCUCGGACUCAGGGGGAUCCACUUCCCGUAAUAUCUCUCCUUUGCAAGCCAGACAUAGUGGCACAACAAUUCAACACUAGUCUUGAACCUGAAAGGGAAGACUUUUUUUUUGAAGAGGGAGCCUACUGAUGUAGGUUCUCUCCA